AUGGAAGUUUUGUCUUGUUUAAGAGAAGAAGAAGUGGCUCAACUUGAAAGGAUUGAAAGCCAAGUUGAGCUCAAAUGUCACGCCGACAAGUUCUUUGAUGUUUGGGCUAGCAAAGCACACCUUAUUUCAAAAAUAACCCCUAACAAAGUUGCCAAAGUUGAGCUUGUUGAGGGGGAUUGGGAUAAGGUUGGUGCUGUAUGUGUUCGUGAGAAUUCAGUGGUUGUUCGUCGGUGUUUGUGGGUGUUAGUCGGUGUUUGUGGGUGUUCGUCAGCGUGGGUGUUUGUGGACAAUAACGGUGAGACCACAUUAAGUUCAGCCAAGACAAGAGUUGAGAAGCUGGAUUUUGAGAACAGGUCGUUGAGGUACAGUAUUGUUGACGGACAAAUCCUACAAACCUACAAGACCUUCACGACCAACAUACAAGUAACUCCGAAGGCCGAGGCCGAGGCCGAGGGCUGCAUUAUGAAGUUAAGCUAUGAAUAUGAGAAGCUGAAUGAAGGUGCUCCUGAACCAAUUAUGCACAAGGAUUUAGCAUUUGACAUUGCAAAAGAUAUCGAUGCUCAUCUUUGCAGCGCUUGA